AUGCCCAUAAAACUGACGAUUACUGGUAUUCCAGCCAGCUUCCAGUCCUUCUGGAAUUCGGAUUCAAAUUUAAAUAAGGGCGAUAGCCCCCUUAUUCGAGCAACCCCUCCAGUUGACGUCUUUCCCCUUGACGAUGAUAGCGAUAUUUACGACGGCGACGACUACAGCUUACCUACCCCUACCUCUACCAACAGAGAUUCAAAUAUUCAAGGAAGACUGAAGAAGCGGCAAAGGCAAGGGGAAGAGGAGGAUACAAUACAAGGAAAGGGUCAGAUCUUGAGUCCAGAAGAUUAUAUCAUACUGUUGAAAAUCUGCCUACGGAUGGGACCUACCUAUCGAUCAACAGAGGCAGUACCGUUCUUCAAUAACGUUACUGCUGAUUGGCAAAGCGAGCAGGAUGGCCAAACUGAGACUCAGUUAUAUGAGGACAGUUGGAUUGAAGUCCUUGAGGCUGAUGCAGUUGUCAUACGCCAGCGAAAGGAAUAUCGAGGCAAUAUUGGUGCCAAGAGUGAAGCUUCUUACCUUGCCCGGGCUUCAAUGCUUAUGACAAUGAAAGACAAGCGGGGUAUUAACCCACCACUACCGUCACCUCGGAAUACCCUUCCUGCGCUCCAGGGACAGCAAUUAGUGGGCAGUGAGGAGUUAGACGAUGUCAUCGUUAUUGAAGAUGACGACAGUCUUGCUCUAUCGCCAAUUCCAUCUCCAUACCGAGCUUCUCCUUCGCCACACUUAUCCUCUUCUUCUCAGCGUCCUAAGAAUCGCCACCUACUUGCUCUAGAAGAACGAGAAGAUCGUCUUAUGACGAUGGUAGAAGGGCUUGUAGAAGCAGCUGCUUCAACUGCUGCUUCAACUGCUGCUUCCUCAACUGCUGCUUCCUCAACUGCUGCUUCCUCAACUGCGUAUUUAGAUCCAGCAGUAUUACAGGAGCAGUUAGAAGCCCGUCUUAAGGUGCAAGAAGAGCGGCUUCAAGCUGCAAUAGCUAUGCAGCUUGAGGAUAUUCGAAAAGAACAGCAGUUACUAUUCUCUUCUUUUAUACAGCAAGUACGGAUAGGUAUGGGGCAAGGGGGUUAA